CUGUGAUACGCUAUAACUUUACGAGUUGAGCAGCCGUUACAAAGGCCUGAGAAAUUUCGUCAGUCGUCACCUCAUCUGUAACAUCAAGAUUAAGCAGCCCUGUCCAUAGCCACUACGAUUUGCUUAAUAUAUACACUUGAUGCCACUUGCAAGGAGCAUAUUGGACUAAACUAACCAGGUGGCUGUAAAUCACAAAGCAGUCACCUUCCUGCACAGGCAUCGGAAUCAGCACAGAAUCUUUGCGGGUCGCUGAAGCAAGAUAACACACACACAAACAAGACCUGACCAGCGUCUCCAGAAUGAGCAGCAAACGCAAGGCUCCCUCGGCAGAUGGGAACCCCAACGCUGACAUCUGUGACAUGCUCAUUGAACUUGCAGAUUAUGAAAAAAAUGUAAAUCGGAACAUCCACAAAUACAACGCCUACCGAAAUGCAGCUUCUGUCAUUGCCCAGCACCCAACCCGCAUCACAAGUGGGAAGGAGGCCCGGCAGCUGAAGGGAGUUGGUGAUAAAAUUUCCAAGAAAAUUGAUGAGUUUCUCAACACAGGAAAACUGGAAAAGUUAGAAAAGAUCCGAGCAGAUGACACCAAUGUUGCCAUCAACCUUCUGACUCGAGUGUCAGGCAUAGGUCCUGCCAAAGCCAAGGAACUGGUGGCGGAGGGCAUCACCUCCUUAGAGGAUCUCCGCAAGCACCAGGACAAACUUACCCACCAUCAGCAAAUUGGACUGAAAUAUUUUGAAGAUUUUGAGAAGAGGAUACCCAGAGAAGAAAUUGAGCAAAUUGAGAAACUUUUAAAGAAAUACACAAGUGCAAUAGAUACUGAAUAUUUGAUCACUAUCUGUGGCAGUUACAGACGUGGGGCGUCCAGCAGUGGGGAUGUGGAUGCCCUGCUGACCCACCCGUCCUACACUUCAGAGGCCACCAAGGCUCCCAAAAUGCUGAGUCAGGUGGUGAAGGAGUUGAAAAACAAAGAGCUGGUUACAGACACCCUGUCCAUGGGAGAUACAAAGUUUAUGGGCGUGUGUCUCCUGAGGCAGGGGCUGCCCUACAGGCGGCUGGACCUUCGUCUGUUGCCCCAUGAUCAGUAUUUCUGUGGGAUCCUUUACUUUACUGGUUCUGAUAUGUUCAACAAAGCUAUGCGAGCUCAUGCACUGGAGCAGGGAUUCACACUCAACGAAUACUGCCUCAGGCCAUUAGGCAGCACUGGUGUUCCUGGUGAAGUUCUACCUGUGACUUGUGAGGAAGAUGUCUUUGAUUACAUCAGUUACACGUACAAGGAGCCUCAUCAGCGAAACAUGUAGAAUAUGGAAAAUGUCAGCAGUCCUACAUUUUCAAGAGUAAAUUUCAUAGUCAUCUCUUCGUCUUAACCUCAUCAUUAAGCUUCAGGUGUGUAUAAAUGUAAAGUACAUGGAAGGUUCAUAAUAAAUAGUGUAUUAGUCAUAACAAUUUUUUCCAAAAAUUCACAGAUGCAUUAGGACAAUUACUUAAAAUCAGAUGUGGUCUUCCUCCCCUUCCUCAUUGUUUGUUGAUCAGUCUUGAAGAAGUGAUUUUCUCUACUAGACAUUGGUAUGGUAUUGUAUAAUUCUUUUUUGGAGUAUUAUAAAAUCCCUCAGUGGAGAUGAAAAAAAUUACUCUAAUCCAGCAAACUGCAUGACAUGCAGAGAGUACUUACUGGUUGCUUUUCUUUUACUCAAAUUGCUACACAUUAAUUCAGUUAGAAUGAUUACUUUCAAAAGUGUUUUUUUUUCUUCACCAAUCCAACUUGGGCAGGUGGCACUUGUAGCCAUGGUAGGCAGUCUACCUAGGAGAGGAACAACUCUGACUACAAACCUGGUGGAGCUCAUUAACCAUGGUAGGCAAACCACCUAGGCCCUCAGCUGAAACGUGAUGUUGCCUGCAGGAAGGUCAUUUUAUAAUGAGGAGGUGGUGGCUGAGUGGUCAGCAUGUGGGUGUGGUGAGCCCAAGGAGGCAAGGAUCUAGGUUUGAGUCCCACCGAAAGGACGCUGACAAUUUUCAACCAUCACUGCGUGGUGGAAGGUUACCCACAUGCUGCCCAGAUCUUAAGUCAAUCCUAUCUACAGGAACUGUUCUAGUGGAGCACUGAGGGGUAGCAUGAGAACCAUAUAUCACAGCAGCCACUAUUAAUAGAAUUUGCCUACACCACUACUGGGCUGAUGUCAAAUAAGAGGCCCCUCAAGAGAGUCUACUGGCACUAAGGAAGCACCUACAGGAAAAAAAAAAAAAAAAAAAAAAAAAAAUCCAAGGCAGGAAAGUCCCGCUCCAAACCAAGAUGAGUGACGACAACAUCUACAUCAACCCGUCCAACCCCAUAGGAGAAAAUAAGGAUGUUAAACAAAGAAAAAGAAAGAAGUAUUGAUUCUUAACUGUUUACUUUUACUAUUUUUAUUAGGUUAUGUACUUGUGCAUGUCUCCUUGUCAGUUAUGAACUACAUUCUUCAUUUCAUAUUCCCACUGAAUAAAGUGAAAAUCAGUACUUUAGAAA